AUGGCUCAUGUUCAUAUCCCAACCGUAACUUUAGAAGACCUCCAAGCCUUUCAAGCCAAGCACUUUCCUGCCACCGUCAAACCGCAACCUCUGCAAUCUACCUCGUACCCGACCCACGAUGCCUACAACGAAGACUUCUACGCCAACGCUGAUGAAGAAGAUGUUGAUGACGAAGAUGACGAUCUCGGCUACUACCCCGACGGCGUGAAACGCACACUCACAGAUGAACAGAUUCGCAUUUUCAGACAUAGUGAGAUCCAUGCACUUUUGAGAGAGAAGCAGAUAAAGCAGGAAAACGAGGAGUAUGAGAAGGGCCUUGGGGGUAAAACUGAAGCACAGCCUGAGGCCGGAGCUCAGGUGCAUACUAGCCUCGAUGAGAGAGAUGGAGCAAUUUCUGCUCCGCCGAAGGAUGUUGCCAAGGCAGUCGCCGGCAGGAAACGCUGUGCUGAUAAGGUUGGAUGUGAUGCAGGCGCAGACGAACCGGUUUUGAAGAGAAAGCCCACAUCGGACUCGGGGGCCCCAAGCGAAGUGCAACUGGAUUACAACGAGGAGAGUGCUGCUGCUCCAACAACUGCAAGUCAGUCCAGGGCUACGCGAGCAACUCCGUUUAUGGGCCGGAGAAUCAUUUCGUACGAUGAUUGA